GCGGGGUUGCCGAGGCUGGUCCCUCAGGCAGGAUCGCCGGGCUGGCGGGUCCUUGCUGGCGGUCUCCGGGCCUAAGGGGGUAAGGAUGGCUGAGGGGCGGUCCCAAGGGAAUGUCCCUGGGGUGGAGGAGUUGACGCUCCGGGACGAGCCUCCCGCAGGUCCCCGCCCCGGUCACGUGGGCUCCGGACCAGCCGCUGCCGCUCGGACCGCUGGUUGGUCGGUCAGUUAGUUGGUCGGUCGGUCAGUGGCCUGAAGCUCGCAGCUCAGCGCUCGUGUUCCGAGGUGGGAGGGACACGGGAGCGGCCCGCACACCUGAGUCGCCUGGACAGAAGCAGCGACCCGGUACCCAGUAAUCAGAGAAGGAGACGGCGUCGGCAAAAGGAGAGUCAUGGCUUCUGAUGCGAGUCAUGCUUUGGAGGCUGCCCUUGAGCAGAUGGAUGGGAUCAUUGCAGGCACUAAAACAGGUACAGAUAUUAGUGAUGGUGCCUGUGAGCCUGGCUUGUCUUCCCCGGUCUCCUACACGAAUCCCUUCCCAGUGCUCCAUCUCGUCGAGGACUUGAGGCUGGCCCUGGAGAUGCUGGAUCAUCCUCAGGAGAGAGCAGCCCUCUUGAACCAGAUUCCAAGUUCAACAGCUGCCUAUAUAAAGAAGUGGCUUGAGGAGAGCUUGUCCCAGGUAAAUCAUCACAGUGCUGCUAGUAAUGAAACCUACCAGGAACGGUUGGCUCGGCUAGAAGGAGAUAAGGAGUCUCUCAUAUUGCAGGUGAGUGUCCUCACAGAUCAAGUGGAAGCCCAAGGAGAGAAGAUUCGGGACCUGGAAGUGUGUCUGGAAGGCCACCAGGUGAAACUCAAUGCUGCUGAAGAGAUGCUUCAACAGGAGCUGCUAAGUCGCACUUCCCUCGAGACUCAGAAGCUUGAUUUGAUGACUGAAGUGUCUGAGUUGAAGCUCAAACUGGUUGGCAUGGAGAAGGAGCAGAAAGAGCAAGAGGAGAAGCAGAGCAAAGCAGAGGAGUUACUGCAAGAACUCAGACACCUCAAAAUUAAAGUGGAGGAGUUAGAAAAUGAACGGAAUCAGUAUGAGUGGAAGUUGAAGGCCACUAAGGCUGAAGUCGCCCAGCUGCAGGAGCAGGUUGCCCUGAAGGAUGCAGAAAUUGAGCGUCUGCACAGCCAGCUUACCCGGACCACCACCCACAAUGGCCAUACAGAGAGAGACCAAGAAAUUCAACGUCUGAAAAUGGGAAUGGAAACUUUGCUUGUCGCAAAUGAAGAUAAAGACCGUCGGAUAGAGGAGCUGAUGGGGCUGCUGAAUCAGUAUCGGAGAGUGAAGGAGAUCGUGAUGGCAACUCAAGGCCCUUCUGAAAGAACUCUCUGUAUUAAUGAAGAAGAACUGGAUGCCAGUUUCAGGAAGUGGCCCACUGCAAACAAGGGACCUGAAGAACUAUUUAAGUCAGAGAUGCCCCCAAGAUGUAGCUCUCCCACAGUGGGACCACCACCACUGCCACAGAAAUCCUUGGAAACCAGGGCUCAGAAGAAACUCUCCUGUAGUCUAGAAGACUUAAGAAGUGAAUCUAUGGAAAAGUGUGUUGAUGGGAACCAGCUCUCCCCGGUGGUAGAACCUAAGGAUAGCCCUUUCUUGGUGGAACACAAGUAUCCGACAUUACCUGGGAAGGUUUCAGGAACCACACCCAAUGGAGAGGCUGCCAAAUCUACUCCCACUACCUCUCAGCCUGAUGCCCCAGGAAGCAGCCUGCCAAGACUGAGAGAAACAGAAAGUAAUUGGGAUGACACUGCCCUGGCCAACGACCUCUCAUCCACCUCAUCUGGGGCUGAGUCGGGCCCCCAGUCUCCUCUGACACCAGAGGGUAAACGAAGCCCCAAGGGUAUCAAGAAGUUCUGGGGAAAAAUCCGAAGAACUCAGUCAGGAAACUUCAACACUGAUACACCUGGGAUGGCGGAGUUUAGACGAGGUGGCCUUCGGGCGACUGCAGGGCCAAGACUCUCGAGAACCAGAGACUCCAAAGGUCAGAAAAGUGACGCCAAUGCCCCCUUUGCCCAGUGGAACACAGAACGUGUAUGUGCAUGGCUUGAGGACUUUGGCCUGGGUCAGUACGUGAUCUUUGCCAGGCAGUGGGUGAACUCUGGCCACACAUUACUGACAGCUACCCCUCAGGACAUGGAAAAGGAGCUAGGAAUUAAGCACCCUCUACACAGGAAGAAGUUGGUUUUAGCAGUGAAAGCCAUCAAUACCAAGCAGGAGGAGAAAUCUGCAUUGCUAGACCACAUUUGGGUGACACGGUGGCUUGAUGAUAUUGGCCUACCCCAAUACAAAGACCAGUUUCAUGAAUCCAGAGUUGAUGGACGAAUGCUGCAAUACUUAACUGUGAAUGAUCUACUCUUCUUAAAAGUCACCAGCCAACUACAUCAUCUCAGUAUCAAAUGUGCCAUCCAUGUGCUGCAUGUCAACAAGUUUAACCCCCACUGUCUACACCGGCGGCCAGCUGAUGAGAGUAACCUUUCUCCUUCUGAAGUUGUGCAAUGGUCCAACCACAGAGUGAUGGAGUGGUUGCGUUCUGUGGACCUAGCAGAGUAUGCACCCAACCUUCGAGGGAGUGGUGUCCAUGGAGGUCUCAUUAUCCUGGAACCACGCUUCACUGGGGACACACUGGCUAUGCUCCUCAACAUCCCACCACAAAAGACGCUCCUCAGACGCCACCUAACCACCAAAUUCAAUGCCCUGAUUGGUCCUGAGGCUGAACAGGAAAAGCGAGAGAAAAUGGCCUUGCCAGCCUACACACCACUAACCACUACAGCCAAAGUCCGGCCAAGGAAGCUAGGAUUUUCUCAUUUUGGGAACAUAAGGAAAAAGAAGUUUGAUGAAUCAACGGACUACAUUUGCCCGAUGGAGCCCAAUGAUUGUGCUGGUGAUGGUCACAGUGUCUACAGUGGUUACCGGUGCCUUGGCCCUCUUGAUACUCCUGAACUAGAUGGGCUGGACCAGGUGGGACAGAUUAGCUGAUGCCCUUGUCACCUGCUUUCUCUGUGCAUCUGAGAGCUCACAGUAACACCGCGUGUCACCAUAUAACUGCAAGUCACCCCCUGCCGUAGUAUGUGCAUGACUCACAGAGAACAUUCCAGCAAUUGCAUACCCUUGGACUAUUCCUCAGAGUGACCAGGAUAUGGAGUUGCACCUUUGCUAAGGGACAAGUCUUUGGGAUUGUUGCCAAAGGUGGAUUCAGAAGGAAAACCACCUAAAGAUGCUUUUACGUUUUUAAGUAAUUCUUAAUGUUCAUCUUCAGCACCAGUGGGAAUUCAUGAACUUGGACCCAGGUCCAAAGACUAUGGACAAUUCUAAGAAGCUCAGCUUGCAGGCAUUUUCCUUGUGCUUCCACUGGGGGAAGACUCUCAAGUGCCUUAGGCCACUGUGCCACAGAAUCGUAGCUGAGAUAAAGGAACCAACAGGGAUUUCUGUCACAGUGAUCAUGUAAUUGUGUUGUGCCUUAAUGCAGAGGUGGCCACAUCUUGUAAUAAAAUCAUUAUUUAUG